ACAGUGAAUGUGAUUGCAUUGCAAAUGAUGUAGAAUUGUAUGAAUUGUACGGAAAUUACAUUUAAUUGCGAUUAUUAUCACAGUAUUUGACAAUCCAUUGGAAACUCAGUUAUUAAUGCCUUUGACCGCAGAGUCCAACACUGGCUCCCAUUGAACACCAAUUGUGUAUUGAGUGCAUUGAGUGACAGUUAGUCUCCGCCACAGUAUCAGACAAUUUGUGGUCAAUUCGUGACAUUUGAUGAUACGAUGAGCAUCUGUGUUGAAUCGGUACGAGUGAUGGUCUGAUGGGUGAAUUGGUGGACCAGUUGGUGGUGUAGUGAUUGUCUGAAGUGUCACUUAUGUCUGAGGUAUCAUAUGGUAUGCAAUGACUGAAGACAACCCAACAGUGAAUACAACUCAACAACUAAUGGACUGACGGGUCGUUCACUCAUAUCUCGUCUUUUGAUUCGUGAAACCAUUGAUUGAUAACUGAUUUAUGUAUUGAAGAGACAAUUUGCUGAACACUUGAUCUAAAGAGUGGUUUGUUUGGUGCGACACCUCUUCAGCGCAUCCCAUAAGACAUAAUAGUAUUAAUAGAGCAGUGAUUUGAUAGCCUCAGCGCACCAUUAGCUGCCACUCUUCGUCAGUGGUGAUCGUCGAGAUGCCGGCCUUCUUUCUGGACACUCCAGACAUUCUUCCACUUCCGAGUCUUCAGGCGUACACAACGAUCAGUGCUCUGUUGUUGUCGUGUAGUAUAUAUUAUGCAUUUCAAGUCACUUCAGAACCCGAUUGGAAACUCAACGCCACUCUCAGCGUUGGCCUCACUCUCGCCAACGACAACAACAUCACCGCAAAUGAGACGGACUUCUCGUCGCAUAUGAUGGUCUCCAAUGGGAGCCUCAGUCACGCCAAUGAGACGUCUUUCCAUUUGGGAGUCCUCCUGGAGAGCGGC